AAUUGUUAAAAUAUAGAAAAAACUUUUUAUUAAACACUGCGAAGCUGUGUAUUUAUAUUUAUACCGCCGUUCGUAACUGGUUGGCGCGUUUAGUGUUGUAUAAUACAUUUGAAAUAUUAACGAAUAGUUGUUGGUACAGCCAAGGCUGAGCGUCAGUGAUCUUCAGCGCAAUUUUUUUUUCUUAUUCAGUAUCAAUUUAAUUUUGCGCUCUCAUUUUGUGCUGCACACGAACGGAUUUAGUGAACAUAACUUUUUAGCAGUGUAAUUAUGGACAAUUCACGCCGUUCGCUUGCACCCGGCGAGGACAGCAUUAGCAUGUAUUUGUCCUUUGACGCCGAAGCCGACGACACGCUGGCCAGCAAAUGGCAAUCGGUGAUGGCUACCCAAACUACUCAAUAUUUGGAGAUGCACAGCAUGGAGCUGGACCUAAAACAUGAUGACACCCUAGAGGAAAAGAAAAAAGAUGUGAAAAACGUACUCCAGGCUCUAAUUAAGAAUGACAUUUCGAAAGACCAAGUCUCACCCUUGCGCCCCUUUGACAAGAGUAUUUUGAACAAGCACAACGCCCUGUGCUCGACACCAACAAAAAAUAUAACAUUAUCUGACGUGCGUCAGGAUGUGACUGCUACAGACGCUGAUAAUAAGGAGAACACGCAGCCAGAUGAAGAGAAUUCCACGUUAUCGUCCACCAUAGACGCCACUGCCUCGACCGUGAAGACAAAUACAAUUUUUAAUGCUACGCUUGAGGACAAUUCAGUAAAGGAAAAUAACAAGACUAAUAUUUAUCCUUUAAGCGCCAACGUUGUGCUUGAAAAUAUUACGGAAGUAUCGACAGAGGAGCCGUCACUGUCACUGAAUGGGCCAUCUCCAUUGGCAGCAGUUGCCCAAGACAGAAAGGAUACAGAAAUUGUGGUCUCUGAGAUGGUUAAUGAAGUGUCCGAGCUGAUUGCUAAGGCUCUUAAACUAACCGACGGCUCAACAAAACCCGAAAACCAAACAAAACUGCCGACACUUGCCUUGCCACGGCCGCGUCGCUCGUAUCUGCCCACAGCUAAUGGGACAACAUUUAAGCAACGCAUGUCGAUUGUUGUCAAGACCACAUUGAACAGCCCAGCACGCAAACUGGCUACAGGUAAUCCGAUUGCGCGCCGCAGCUGCCUGCCCGCAGCCAAAACUAGCCUUAUGGGAAACACUGGAUACCGCAAGUCCAUGCUGCCACGAUCCGCUGAGAGCGCCACUAGCAAGGCAAGCACUUCGCAGACCGCAAGAGCAGCUGGAGAAUUAGCUGCUGAAAAAGUCCGUCCCAUUAUACAUAAGUUUAAAUGCCAACUAUGCAGUGCCAGCUUUCGAGAGAAGAACUUGCUCGAUACCCACAUGGACUCGCACUGGAAAUGUAGGCCAGCAAUUAGAAAUAAGAAUUCGUUUUUCUGUAAAUAUUGUGACAAGAAAUUUGUGCUCGAACGCGCGCUGCACAUUCACCUAAUGCAGAACUGUGACAAAAUACCGCCAGGCGAGAAGCGUAAGCUUCAAUUUACAGAGCUGAAUCAUGAAAAGAAAGCAAAGCUACCAAAAUUGACGUGCACCUCGCCAGCUGUGAGCAGUGAGAGCUUGAAGCCACGUGAGAGCACGAUGCCAGAGAUGGAGAAAGAGCAGCCCAUUGCCACCAGCGGAGGUACAAAAAGUGUUGAAAUGGCGCCGCCAUCGGUAAAGAAGAUUCCCAAGAAGGUUGCCCAUGCAGGCGUCUAUCGGACACCCACUAAAUCUGUGCCUUGCCACACCUGUAAGCAGUCCUUUAAGAGCAUUCUUGACUAUACUAACCACUGCCUGACAGUGCACUCGAAAAACAAGAAGCUGAACACAGCAAAUGCACCGAGUGCUCGAUAUGAAGAUUAAAUCAAAUACCUUAGUUUAGGUUGUGUUUACUUUAAUGCUAAUACGGUUAAUAUGAAAUAUACGAUUAAACUG